AUGUCUCAUCGACAGCCGUACCAUGGGCAGUCGCGCAAGCUCGUAAUUUCUUUCGACAUUGGAACCACUUACAGUGGCGUUUCCUAUUGUCUGCUAGAUCCUGGAGAGGUGCCGGUGAUUCAGGGGGUCAAUCGCUUUCCAGCUCAGGAUAACGGAGGAGACUCCAAGGUCCCCUCUAUCUUGUACUAUGACAAUAAAGGGAAGGUCCGCGCGGUAGGCGCGGAAGCCCUACAGGAGAGCGUCUUGGAGAGAGCAGAAGAUGAAGGCUGGCAUAAGGCUGAAUGGUGGAAGCCCCACCUCCGCCCAAAGCACAUGUCGACAGGGCUCACCGACGCGGAUAUCCCUCCACUACCCCUUGGCAAGGCAGCUGCCGAGAUCCUUGGCGACUUCUUGAGGUACUUGUUCGAGUGCACAAUGACCUACAUCGAACAAACACACGCCCAAAGUCCCGAGUUGUUGGCCUCGCUCAAGGACAGUAUUGACUUUGUGCUGAGCCAUCCCAACGGGUGGGAGGGUCCGCAGCAGGCGCAGAUCCGGAAAGCGGCUGUGCUCGCCGGACUGGUGGGCAAUAAGCCGCAGGACCAGAGCCGCAUUCAGCUCGUCACUGAGGGAGAAGCAAGUUUGCACUUCUGCAUGAACUCGAACCUCGCGACGAGCGCGUUUCAUGAUAACCAGGGAGUCAUCGUCGUUGACGCGGGAGGGGGGACGAUUGAUCUGAGUGCAUACUAUAUGACCAGUAAUCUUGCCUUGUUCGAGGAGAUUGCGCCUACAGACUGUCUCCUCCAGGGAUCCAUCUUCGUCACACGGCGCGCCGAAUCAUACCUGCGAAUAAAGCUUCAAGGGUCAAAGUUCGGCGACGAAUCUGACGUCAAAGAAAUGACCAAGGUAUUCGAUAGCACGACAAAGCUCAGGUUCAGCACUUCUUCGGAGGCCGCGUACAUCAAAUUCGGCACGAUUAGGGACAGGGAUCAGGAUUUCGGUAUCCGGUCGGGGCAGCUCAAGCUCCCGGGCACCGAUGUUGCAAAACUGUUCGAACCCUCAAUCAACGCCGUGAUCGAUGCGGUCAACCAACAGCGCCAGGCAGCGCGCAAGCCUAUAAACAGCGUCUUCCUCGUCGGGGGCUUCGCCGCGAGCGACUGGCUCUUCCACAGCCUCAAGGAGAGCCUCCCGAAGCACGGGCUGAACUUCAGCCGUCCCGACAGUCACACGUCCAAAGCUGUUGCAGACGGCGCGGUCGCCUUUUAUCUCAAACAUGGCGUCUCGACUAGAACGGCUCGCGUCACAUAUGGCACGCGGUCUGCGAUCGAAUACAACAAAACUGACCCGGAACAUAUCAAACGUGCGGGAACAAUCAUACCGAGGCCAUCGGGGCGGUCAGUCCUCCCGAAUGCGUUUAGCCCAAUCUUAUUUAAAGGCAUGCAAGUCUCGGGGAUCAAUAGGGAGUUCCGUAAAGAAUUCAUUACAGAUAGCGCGUCCAGGAUGACGUUCGACAAGGUCUCGAUUGACAUCAUUUGCUAUGAAGGCGACGACCCCGCCCCACGCUGGAUUGACUCCGAACCCGAGAAAUACUGGAAUCUCUGCACCAUUACCGCCGACACGUCGCAAGUCGCCAAGACCAUCAGCUCUCGAAUGGACGUCAACGGGCGGCAGUUCUACCGGCAAGAGUUCAAUUUGGUGCUCACUUUUGGGAUCACAGAGCUUAGUGCCCAGCUGAGCUGGAUGGAAGAUGGAGUUGAACAGAGGAACCCAGCAUCGGUGAUAUACGACCAUGUCAUUGAGGAGCGUCCAUCGCAGUGAUACUUAUGGUUGCGGGUCGUCCCCGCAUUUCUUUUUAUAUACUCGCAUAUAUAUAAGUAUGUCAGCAGGAAGAGUCGUGAUUGAUGCACACUGAAUCCCCG